GCCGACGUGGUGGUGAAACUGAGAAAAGUGGACUUACCAUCUUCGAACAUACCCAUCCGAACCUCAAAGACUACAAACCUAAGAUUCGGCUCAUACACCUAAGACUUGGAGCAACCGAACCUCCGAUUCGGAUCUUACUCAAACUCUCCCUAGUUUCUCUUCCGUUAAAAAUAAAACUGACCUUCGAAGCUUCAAUAAUUUUAAUUCUCCUAAUAAAAAACCCUAAUUUAGUAAUUUUCCUCUCUAUUUGUAGCUGCGAGUUCCUGAAUUCGAAAGUUCUUAACUCUUUUCUACUUUGAUCUCAUCAAUUUUAAGAUCCUUAAAAGAAAUUUAUGAAUUUUGAUUGAAUUUUUUUGGAAUUGUUUCAUCUUGAAUGCAUAAACCAAUGGUUGAUCAAUAAAGAUCGCUUCAUCACGAGCUCAAGAUCGCUUCAUAAAUUUCUAUUUGUAGGCUUUGAUCCAUCUGAAUUGCUCCCUAUAAGUUAAUUGAUUUGCUUUUGUGCUGAAACGAUGUCGCAGAGUAAUUGGGAAGCAGAUAAGAUGCUUGAUGUUUAUAUAUAUGAUUAUUUGGUAAAGAAAAAAUUGCAUGCUACUGCAAAGUCCUUCAUGACAGAAGGAAAAGUCGCCCCGGAUCCAGUAGCAAUUGAUGCUCCUGGUGGGUUUCUUUUUGAGUGGUGGUCUGUCUUUUGGGACAUAUUUAUAUCGAGAACAAAUGACAAGCAUUCAGAGGCUGCUGCAGGAUACAUAGAGGCACAACAAAUCAAAGCAAAGGAGCAGCAACAGCUGCAGAUGCAGCAAUUGCAGCUGUUGCGUCAAGCUCAGUUGCAGCGUAGGGAUCCUAAUCAUCCUUCUCUGGGUGGUCCUGUAAAUGCUAUUGGCUCUGAAGGAAUGCUUGGACAGUCAAAUGCAAGUGCAUUGGCAGCAAAAAUGUAUGAAGAGCGAAUGAAACACCCAAAUGCAAUGAAUUCAGAAACGUCGCAACCACUUUUGGAUGCUAAGAUGGCCCUCUUAAAAUCAGCUACAAAUCAUCCUGGUCAGUUGGUUCAAGGAAAUCCUGGAACUGUAACUGCAGCAUUGCAACAAAUUCAGGACAUUAAAGGUGAAGUGAACUUGGGUGGUACACAGAGAUCCAUGCCUAUGGAUCCUUCCUCAAUUUAUGGGCAGGGAAUCGUGCAGUUGAAACCUGGAAUAGGAAAUACAGGUUUGAACCCUGGAGUAGGUAGCCUUCCACUGAAGGGUUGGCCAUUAACUGGCAUUGAUCAAAUUCGGCCAAGUUUAGGUGCACAAGUGCAAAAGCCAUUCCCACAGAAUGCAAACCAGUUUCAGCUUCUGCCACAGCAGCAACAACAACAGCUCUUAGCACAGGUUCAGGCACAAGGAAAUAUGGGUAGUUCACCCAUGUACGGAGAUAUGGAUCCUCAAAGGUUUUCAGGAUUAUCUCGAGGCACCUUAAAUACCAAAGACGGCCAACCAACUGCUAAUGAUGGAUCUAUAGGGUCUCCAAUGCAAUCAACCUCAUCAAAAAUGAACAUGCCCCCAAUAAGACAAUCUUCCUCUCAACAGGACCCAUUGCAGUCACAGCAAGUGCAACAGAAUAACCGGAAAAGAAAAGGGCCUUCAUCUUCUGGACCUGCUAAUAGCACCGGUACUGGAAACACAGUGGGCCCUUCCCCUAACUCUCAGCCAUCAACGCCUUCAACUCAUACACCUGGUGAUGGAGUAGCUAUGGUGGGCAACGUGCAGCAUGGUAACAGCAUGUCAAAAAAUUUGAUGACAUAUGGGUCUGAUGGAACAGGUGGUAUUGCAUCAUCAACCAACCAGCUGGAAGACAUUGAACAUUUUGGAGAUGUUGGCUCCUUGGAUGACAAUGUGGAAUCUUUUCUCUCACAUGAUGAUGGGGAUGGAGGGAAUUUGUUUGGCACCCUAAAACGAAACCCUUCUGAACUUGCUACUGAGACUUCAAAGGGUAUUGGCUUCAAUGAAGUUGGUUCAAUACGUACAAGCAAUGGCAAAGUCACCUGCUGUCAUUUCUCUUCAGAUGGAAAGCUACUGGCCAGUGCUGGGCAUGACAAGAAGGCUGUUCUUUGGAACAUGGACACUCUGCAAACUGAGUGCACAUCAGAGGAGCACACUCAUAUUAUAACUGAUAUUCGCUUCAGACCAAAUUCCACUCAGCUGGCAACAUCUUCUUUUGAUACAACAUUGCGAGUUUGGGAUGCUGCACAACCAAGUUAUUCCAUCUGGAAAUUUACAGGGCAUAUGUCACAAGUUAUGUCCCUUGAUUUCCACCCUAAGAAGAAUGAACUUUUCUGCUCUUGUGAUGGUAACAGUGAGAUUCGCUUGUGGAACAUCAAUAAGUUUUCUUGCACUCGUAUCUCCAGGGGAGGCAGCACUACUAUCAGAUUUCAACCAAGAAUAGGACAAUUAUUAGCUGCAGCAGCAGAGAAUGUUGUGUCUAUAUUUGAUGUAGAGACUGACAGAAGAAUUCACUUAUUGCAGGGCCACAAUACAGAGGUACACUCUGUUUGUUGGGACACAAAUGGAGACUUUUUAGCAUCUGUCAGUCAAGAGUCUGUCAGAGUGUGGUCACUGGCCUCGGGAGAAUGCAUUCACGAGCUCAAUGCUAGUGGAAACAAGUUUCAUUCUUGUGUCUUUCAUCCUGGCUUCAAUGCUCUCUUGGUUAUUGGUGGUUAUCAGUCAUUGGAGCUUUGGAACACAGCUGAGAAUAAGUGUUUGACGGUUUCAGCUCAUGACUGCGUGAUAUCAGCCCUGGCAAAUUCACAAGUAACAGGGAUGGUUGCCUCUGCGAGUUACGACAAAUCCGUCAAAAUCUGGAAAUAACCCCAACGGCAUUUAGUUGGAACUGAUCAUCAGGCAACAAAUCUGCCGUUUUCUUUAAUUCUCAACAGCAGCAGAAGUUUGUGGGGACAAAAGAAAUUUCAUUUCAUUUCAUUUCAUUUUUUUCUUCUUUAGCUUAAUAAGGUGAAUGUCAGUUUUCCGUUGGGCGGAUUUGCAAUGUUGGUUUGUCCGGUGCAGUUCUAUAUUUUACUCAAUUUGUUGGAAGACAGCUUUUUUAUUUUUUUUUCCUGGCAUGGUGAUUAUUCUGAUAUGGAAGAGAAUCUGAUUCAGCUUUUGGACAUUUUGAAGUACAUUUAUUUAGCCAGUAUAUUUACAAUUACUAUCAAGACAAUAAAUCAUCGAAUUAUGAGUUAAUUUGACAAAUAAAAUUAUGGAAAAUAUUGUUAUAUUUGAAGAGAUAAAAUGGUUGGUGUAAUAUUUUUCU